AUGACGCUGUAUAUAUUGCGAUUGCAAUCAUUAAUAGCAGAAAAGAAUGAGGAAGUUGCCAUGCAAAGUGCUGAAGUGGAGCGUUUGCUGCAGGAAGUGACUGCAAGAGAAUCGCACGAAAAAGCGUUGAAAGAUGAGAAUUUGGAUUUGCAUGAGCAACUGAACGAUGCGUUAGCGCAGCAUGAGCAGAUGACGGCUGAUUUUCUUGAACUGCAAGAACGAUACACAGAAGUGAUGAGCAUGCUGCAUGACACUGAAGAGGAACUGCGCACAUUCCGACAGAACCAGAAGUCGCAUCGUGCCGCAAGUUCGGAUUCAUUGUAUGAUUCAUUAGCUAGUGAACUCGAGGCAUCCGAUAGUGGCUUCUACAGUACUAUGAGCUCCGCGAGGUUCAACAUCCUCUUCAGAAGUGAAAGUGGUGGAGAAUAUGGAAGAACGGAUGUGAAACGACUUCACAUUGAGCUGGAACGGAUUCGCUGCAAGGAGCCAAAUGAACCUCUGAUGGAAGCUCCAUCUGUUGAACGAGUCGCCGUCGCUUCAGAAACCCGUUCGGUGGCUGUUUCAACUGAUCACCUUCAGCAACCAAUGCUAACUUCAGCAACUGCCCAGACUUCACCGGAUGGCCGGUUACGACAACCCUCACAUUGCAGUGACGACGUAGGCUCAUUUCAUAGACCUUCUUUUCACGGCAUCAACCUUAUCGCAAAUAACAGUCAUCACGUUUGGUCACCUCGUGAUGGCAUGCGUCGAUUGGGUCAUCGCAACUCGACAAGUUCAUCGACUAGUGGAGACACUUUGAGCAAGACUCCGUCGAGUGAUUCAUUAGCUGGCUAUGAAGGACCCAAAAUGGGUGAGCCUGGUAAACCGGGUACAAGAGAUUUGGAUUUUUCGAUUCGUAGAUUGAAUCUCAGGAAACAGGUUGAGCGCGAAUAUGCUCGUUUUAGACGGGAACGCGGUCUCUCACCACUAUGCAUUCCAUUCUUCCCACCACCCAUCCCAAAGAAGAAACGAGCGUCUGCAAUGUUGCGCAGUCAAUCGAUGCAACAAUCGAAUGAUUUUCUGAAUCGUGUUGUGCCCAAGCAUAGACCGAAUCUUUUGAAACCCUGGCAUAUUUUCUCGAACGUCGGUUUACUGGCCGCAAUUCGUGAUACGGUCUCACAGGGCGUUCUAACACGGUCAACAAUUCUGCAUAAUUCACCUAUGACACCGCCUUCAACUCCCCUCAUUUACAGGCGAUACACCAACGGUACUGCCGUUCGUCUUCAACAGCGACUCGCACCGAGAUCAGCGACAAGUUUGGUGGAUGCCCUCGGCUUGAGUGUUCCUCUGCAAAUGCCAAUCAUUUCGGAUCGAACGAAUACCAAUAAUAACUACAGCGCUUUUCGAACGAUAACGAAAUUAUCCGAUUUGAACGAGGCAAACAACAAUAACAGCAACACGUCAAUAAAGAGUGCUCCGUCUUGA